CUAACAUCCUCUAUACUCAUUGGACACGCCUUCUGCAGCUAAAAAUGAAGUCAGAAUAAAAACCCUAACAUACUCCCGACAUUUCCCCCCGAGAAAGCUUCUUCCAUCGAUCCUAUCUUAAUGGAAACCGAAAUACCGAGUUCAGAGUCAGUCGAGCAGAAGGCAGAAGCUCUCGCAUCUCUCAUUUCUGGGCCCUUAUCCUCCUCGGCCUCCAGACUCCUCAGUCGUUCACGCAACAUUCCUUACGGGAAGGAUUUCCAUUUCUAUAAUAACUUCGACGAGUUCAAGCUCCCGGCGAGGGGUAUCGCUUCCACGGCCGAGUCUUCGCUUGGGGUUAUUGCUUCUUCGUUGUCUUUAUGGGGUGAUAGGAAAUCGCCGCCUAUUCCCAACGAGCUGGAUGAAGCUUAUGAAUGGCUUGUGAACCUGAACGAUGAUUUUCUUGAGAGGUUUGGGGUCGCUAUGGAUGAUUUCAGGAGUUUGAGGGAGAAACAGGAGCGGAAGGUUGGGGCGGUGGAUUCGGGAGAUGGGUUUCAGCUGGUUUGUGGGAGGAAGAAAAAAAGGGAGGUUGUGCAGAAACAGGAAGGGGAGCUGGGGUUCUCUGCUUCUUCGGAGAUCAAGAUGGUUUCCAGGGACAAGAAGACAACGGCUGCGAGAGCCAAAGUGCCAUUUCACUUGCCGAAUAUUCCAAAACCGCAGUUGGAGUUUAAAAUAUUAGUGAACAACAAUAAUACUCCGUUCGAACAUGUUUGGUUGGAGAGGAGCGAGGACGACAGCCGGUUUAUGCAUCCCUUGGAGAAGCUCUCUGUGCUUGAUUUUAUUGAUAAAGAUAUUGGUUCAGAUGAAAUAACAAAGCCACUUUCUCUAGAAAGCACUCCAUUUAAACUUAUUGAGGGAGUGAAGGAGUUGAAGGAACUGGCUGCUAAAUUACGUGUGGCAAAUGAAUUUGCGGUUGAUUUGGAGCACAAUCAGUAUCGAUCAUUUCUUGGACUGACUUGUUUGAUGCAAAUUUCUACUAGAACAGAGGAUUUCAUAGUGGACACACUUAAACUGCGGGUUCAUGUUGGCCCAUACCUGAGAGAAGUCUUUAAAGAUCCAUUGAAGAGAAAGGUCAUGCAUGGGGCUGAUCGUGAUAUAAUUUGGCUUCAACGGGACUUUGGCAUAUAUGUCUGUAACCUUUUUGACACUGGGCAGGCUUCAAGGUUACUGCAGCUGGAAAGAAAUAGCCUUGAGUACCUUUUACGCCACUUUUGUGAUGUUGAAGCUAAUAAAGAAUAUCAAAAUGCAGAUUGGAGACUAAGGCCUUUACCUGAUGAAAUGAUCAAGUAUGCCCGAGAAGAUACACAUUAUCUACUGCACAUCUAUGAUUUGAUGAGAAGCAGGUUGCUUUCAUUAUCCUCUGAUGAAAAUGAUCUUCUUUUAGAGGUUUACAAGCGCAGCUCUGAAAUUUGUAUACAACUCUAUGAGAAGGAAGUUUUAACAGAUACUUCAUAUCUCCAUAUAUAUGGGUUGUCUGAAGCUGAUUUUGAUGCAAAGCAACUUGCUAUUGUUGCUGGUUUAUGUGAAUGGAGGGAUAAAGUCGCUCGUGAAGAGGAUGAAAGUACUGGAUAUAUAUUACCAAACAAAGCUGUUCUUGAGAUUGCUAGACAAAUGCCUCAAUCAUCUGGAAGCUUACGUCGGUUAGUCAAAUCAAAGCACCAUUAUGUUGAGCGCCACCUCAAUGCUGUCUUGAGGAUUAUUAAGAAUGCAAUUUCUAAUUCUUCUGCUUUUGAGAGCAUUGCUGAAGAGAUAAGAAAGGGGCGUGCUGAAGCUUUAGCAAUGCAAAUUUCAGAAGCUGAGAACUCAGAAUCUGUUAAUCCUAAUGAGCAUGCUAUGGACUGCACAGCUGCUGAAGGAGUUGGUAAAAGUUCCAAUAAAUUGGAUAUACUAUCGGGGGCUGACAAUAUAAAUCCUACAAGCAUGAAUCAGUCCCUUGGUCAAAUCACUUCGGUUAGCAGACUUCAGGGAGAGAAGAAAAUUCCAGAGUUGUCAUUAUUAGAAAUUAGCUAUUCAUCCAAAAAUGUUGAUGCAGUUGAAACAGUUAAGAGGGACAUGAUUGACAAUGAAGCUGCUUCAUCUUCCCAACCAACCAAAGAUGGUACACCAACAGCUUCUGUUCAGGUAAUGAAAAAGCCAGCAUGCGCUUUUGGAGCUUUGUUUGGAAACACUUCGAGGAAGAAAACAAAACCUUUGAAAGGGAAUGAUUCAGAGCUGGAGAAGAACGAGAAAAAGGUGGAGCAGAUCAAAGCUUCCGUGAUCCUCCCAUUCUAUUCCUUUCCCAGCAAAGAAACCAUCCCUGAACCAACUCCUACAGACAAGAACAUUGCUCCCACACAAACUGUGCAAAGCCCAGAUCAGCACUCACUAACUGCCACAUUGGAAGAAGUAAUCCCAUUAGAAAACAGCAUGGACAGCUCCGAGUCGCCACCCAAAAGCCCCGAAAACGUUGACGUCAUCAAUAGCAAUGCUGAAAUCUCUAAAGCAGAUGCCCACGCAACAGAACCGCUCAUGUCUCUCUCUGAUCUCCAUUCCGGAUUUCAGCAGAUGUCCCAACACGCCCAUGAGAAGAGUGGCUUGCGAGGGAACAGUUGGUCUUCUUCGCAAAUUUCGCCAUUCGACUAUGCGGCAGCAAGAAGAUCUAUGAAAUUUGGUGAGGAAAAUGGAGGGGAAGAUGAUGGUAGCACGAGCGAUGGGGUUCUUAUGGCUUCAAGAAGUGCGAAGAAGAAGGUUUUUCCAUCGAGCGGGGAGCAAAGGGAGGGGGGAGGACAGCCUCGGCGGCGGCAAGCAUUUCCUCCUUCCGGCAACAGAAGCACCACUUACCGUUGCUGAGAGGUUUGUUAUGGUCUCAAGGGUUUUGAGAAUUGGGAGGGGUAGUCUGUUAUUAAUGCUUUGGCUAAACCUGAGGUUGAAUUUUCUUUUCUUUUCUUAAUCUUUGGCUAAUUGGAUUUUAUGCCUUGGCUAUUGUUUGGAGAAGUUUUGUGCAUGAGCCCUUACAAAUGAAAUUUAUAGCUAUUGAUGGGAGAAA